AUGUCCUAUUUUUCGCAACUCCAGUCGAUAUCGACAUCAGUCUGUCAAGGAAAUGUUACCAUUCGCCCUAAGGACGGAAAGCGCCUCGAACAUACUGGUAUCAAGGUGCAAUUCAUUGGCAGCAUAGAAAUGUUCUUUGAUCGAGGGAAUCACUAUGAAUUCCUCUCGCUAGUUCAGGAGCUUGCUGCUCCGGGCGAGCUCCAACACCCGCAGACAUUCGAGUUCAACUUCAAGAAUGUCGAGAAGCAAUACGAGUCCUACAACGGCAUCAACGUCAAGCUUCGAUACUACGUCCGAGUCACUGUCUCUCGGCGCAUGGCAGAUGUGAUACGUGAGAAAGACAUAUGGGUUUAUUCCUACCGCGUAGUCCCAGAUAUCAAUAGCUCUAUCAAGAUGGACGUCGGCAUUGAGGAUUGCCUGCACAUUGAAUUCGAGUACUCGAAAUCAAAGUACCAUCUUAAGGACGUCAUUGUGGGGAGGAUAUAUUUCUUGCUUGUGCGGCUCAAGAUCAAACAUAUGGAACUCUCAAUUAUAAGACGAGAAACGACUGGCGCUGCCCCGAAUCAAUACAACGAGAGCGAAACGCUGGUUCGAUUUGAGGUAGGCAAUCAUGGACGGCUCCCCUCAAGAGGCGAGACGAUCCCAAUCCGCCUCUUCCUUGGCGGAUUUGACCUCACACCAACUUUUCGGGAUGUCAACAAGAAAUUUUCUACGAGAUACUACCUUAGCUUGGUGCUGAUCGAUGAAGACUCCGGAGCUGCCGGCUCCGGAAACCCCAGGAGGCACCGCCCAGCCGGAAAUAAGGACGAUAGCCACCGUCCCCCUGCCACGGUGCAGGCGUAG